UUUAAAAAUAUGUCAGAGGAGGUUGAGCCUAGUUGCUCGAGCUUUCAAUGCGCGACUUCUUUUGGUUCGUAUGUCGAAAAGGUUAAUCGCAAUGGCGCAUCCUUCUUGCCAUUGAAGUGCAGGUCGCGUGGUCGGCGAGGAUUUUGUUAUAUUCCCCCUUCUCUCUCUCUCGCUCUCCCUGUGGUUUUGUGGACGGCGAGGCUACAGCAGCGCAGGCUGUUUUGCCUGAUUGUGUCGCCUGAGAAGAGACGAUCUUAGCACCAAAUCAACGAGGCGUGAACGGCCGUCUGUUGGAGAAUACUUUUUUGAAUCUAUCGAGGCGAGGAAAACCGGUUUUUUCAUAGGGCAAAUAAAUAUGGCGGCGAGGGGAAGGGAAGCGGAGCUGGAGGAGAGAGAGUUCACCAGAGCGGCGUCAGAAUAGGUCUCUCGCCAGUUCGGAACCCUAGUGAACGCCGAAGAGGUUGAGUCUAUCAAGAAGCUUCCGCAUUCCAUCAUGAGCACCGUCAGUGAUAAGUCCAGUGAGGGUUCUGAGCAUCAUCGGCUCCUUUGUUGUGUGAACUCCACGCGGGAGAUACCUUCUCUCUACAUCCAAUACUCAUCCGGCAACAUCCAUUUGAUGAAAUGUGAAUACUGCAGGGCCAUUGCUGAUCCCUACAUCAAAUGUGAAUUUAUGCUACAGACAAAUCCUUCUGGCAGUUCUUAUCUCCACUUCAGGUUGUAUUUGAUCGCAAUGUUGUGGUAGCAGGGUCGCAUACUGCUGGAUGUCUCAUAGUGUGCUUUAGUGCGCAUAUAGCUAAAUUCUUAAAUAAUUAUUGGCUACUUCAUGUACUAUCUGGCUCAUCUUAGUUAUCUUUGAGGCUUUAAUUGCUGUGACUUUGAUCGCUGCAACAAUUAUGUUAUUGUAUUACGGCCUCCCUAUAAUUUGCAUUAGCUACAUGGUGUUGAUUGUUCAGUAUGCAUGAGACUAUUAAAUGUAGGCAAACGCCAAGGUGAUCAAGGAUCUCUACAAUAAUACAAGUACUAGAUGCAGUCUUUUAUUUAUGAAUUUGGAACAUUAAAAAGGGUAUAAAGCUUAAGCUUGUUUUCCAUUUUGGCAAAGUCAAGAUUUAAAAUCUAACCAAGAUUCUGAAUUGUGCACGAUUUUUUUGAUUUUUAAAGCUAUAUAUAUAUAUAUAAUCUCCAAAAUC